AUGUGCUUCUCUUUGUCUCUUUCUCUUCCUCUGUUUUUCUUUGAUUCUCUCUCUCUCUCUCUCUCUCUCCUACUGUUUCCUUUCAUCUCUCUCUAUUCCUCUCAUUCUCUUCGUCUCUCACCCUCUUCUUCUGUUUCGCUUUGUCUCUCACUCUUUCUGUUCGUCUAUCUUCCUGUGCUUCUUUUCAUCUCUCUCUCUCUCUCUCUCUCUCUCUCUCUCUCUCUCUCUUCCUGUGUUUCUCUUCGUGUCUCUCUUACUCAACCUCUGUUUCUCUCUCUCUCUCUCUCUCUCUCUAUUUCUUCAUCUCUGUUUCGUUGUGUCUAUUUCUCUCUUCCUCUGUUUUUCUUCAUCUUUCUCUCUCUCUCUCUCUUCCUUUCGUCUCUCUCUCUCUCUCUCUUCCUCUGUUUCUCUUCUUCUCUCUCUCUCUCUCUUCUUAUGUUUCUCUUCGUCUCUCUCUCUCUCUUCCUCUGUUUCUCUUCGUCUCUGUCUCUUCCUCUUUUUUCUUCGAUUCUCUCUCUCCCUCCCUUUUCUCUAACUCUUUCUCUGCUUCUCUUCGUCUCUCUAUCUAUCUUCCUCUUUCUUUCUCCUUCUAUUUCUCUUUACCUCCCUCUCUCUGUUUCUCUUCGUCUCUCUCUCUAUGUUUCUCCUAAUCUGUUUCUAUUUCUCUCUCUCUCUCUUCCUGUUUCUCUUUGUCUCUAUCUCUUUUCUUUUCUCUUUGUCUCUAUCUCUUUUCUUUUCUUUUUUUCGCUGUCUCUCUCUCUCUCUCUCCCAAUGUUUUUCCCUGAGUCACUCUGUCUCUUUUUUCUUAUGCUUCUCUUCGUCUCGUUCCUCCCUCUCUCUUCUUCUGUUUCUCUUCCUCUCUCUCUCUUCUUCUGUUUCUCUUCCUCUCUCUCUCUUCUUCUGUUUCUCUUCCUCUCUCUCUCUUCUUCUGUUUCUCUUCCUCACUCUCUCUUCUUCUGUUUCUCUUCCUCACUCUCUCUUCUGUUCUCUUCAUCUAUCUCUCUUCCUAUGUUUGUCUUUGUCACUCUCUCCCUAUGUUUCUCUUUCUCUUCGUAUUUCUCUCUCUCUUUUCUCUUAGUCUCUCUUUUUUCCUGUAUAUCUUCUUCUCUCUCUCUCUCCUCUCUCUCCCUUUGUCAUUUUCUCUCUUGGUUCAGACUUUUUAUUGUUUUUCUUGCCUUUCUCUUUUUUAUUUAUUUUCAUUUUCUCUCUUUUUCUUAUUUUUGUCUCUCUUUCAUUGACUUUCGGCACCCCUCGUUCUCACUUUAA